UUGGGGGUUCUGUGCCUUCUGGGCUCUCACUCAAACACAGUGAGAGAAAGAGAGAGAAAAAGAGAAACACUAAUCUCAUCCGGCGGUUAGAUUCGGCACGGUCACCGGCGGAAGGUGAAAAACAAAAAAAAUGAGAGUGAAGGGCGGAGGGAGGAAGAAGAGCUGGGAGGCAAUGCCUGUUGACGACGGCGGCAGCGGUGUUCUUCUGUUCGGACACACCGCCGAGCCAAACGACGCCGCUUUUGCUGCGCCGGAGCACCAGGAGGCUGAGCCGCAGCCGCAAAUCGAGCCGGAGAGGCAGAACCAGGAGGAGGCUGAGGGCGCGGAGGGAGAAGACGGCGACGGCGAGGGGGAGGGGGAGGACGGCGAGGAAGGAGAAGAAGGUGAGGAGGCGGAGGUGGAGGAUGAGAACAAGGAGAGGAGUACUAAGCUUGAUGAAGGCUUCUAUGAAAUCGAAGCCAUUCGCCGGAAAAGGGUUCGAAAGGGCCAGCUGCAGUAUCUGAUCAAAUGGCGUGGCUGGCCAGAGACAGCCAAUACAUGGGAACCGUUGGAGAAUCUCCAGUCUGUCUCCGAUGUUAUAGAUGCAUUUGAAGAAAGCUUGCGUAGUGGAAAGCAACGGAAGCGAAAGCGCAAGUCCGGGACUCCUCAUACUCAACCUAAGAAGAAGCAGCAGCAGCAGCUGCUGCGUUCUACAGACACCGUGACAGAUGAGGAAUUAAGCAAUGCUGAGAAAGCCUUAUCAUCUAAUGGUAUCAGCGGCUCAGGGGUUGAUGGUACCCCUCCCCCUCAACAGUCUCUCCAUUCAGUUGGUGAUGGGGAGGUUAAUGGGUGCGCCAACAAUACUGAAACAGCAAUGAACAUUGAUUCUGGAAAUUCUUUUGCAAGUUUUCCCCAACAAAUUAAUGAAAGGAGAGAGGAAAAUGAGUAUGAUCCAAAACUUAGUGAGCUCAAAGCUACAGUAUCUACAAACAAUAUCAGUUCGGAUAAACUUUCUGUACAUUUCCAAGAAGCCAAAGCUCCGGAAGUUAAUGGGCCUACAAAUGGUCUUUCCAAGGUUGAUAGUGAAGAUCCAGUACAGAGCAUUCGCACUACUGGAGCGAAAAAAAGGAAGUCUGGUUCUGUGAAGAGGUUUAAACAGGAGGCACCCAAAGAUGAAGUGGGUGCUAUGCAAAAUGUGCCAACUCGUGUUAGCACUAGAUAUGCUGGUAGAGUUGAUCAGACUGAGGUAGGAAGACUUGAUUAUGCUGGAGAAAAUUCAGGUCGCAAGAACAAGAUUGAGGAAUCCAAAGAAGCAGUGCGCAUAACCAAGAUUCUCAAGCCAAUGGGGUACUCAACAUCGAUAUUGAACAAUGUCCAGGACGUUUCUGUGACCUUUUUGGGCAUGAGGUCUGAUGGCACAGAAGUGAUAGUGGAUAACAAAUUUCUCAAGGUCAAUGAUCCACUUCUGCUGAUUAAUUUCUAUGAGCAACAUCUCCGGUACAGUCCUGCAGAGUAAUUCAAGGUGUAAAUGGAGAGUGCAAUCUUAGCGUAGAUAGAUGUUUAUCAUCUUAAUUGUCAGCUGCAGUGUUGGAUUCUUGACGUUGUCGGAGGGAGUGCAUAACUGACAUAGAUGGUGAACUACAUUAUAUACCAGUAGUUAUUCACCUGUCAUUUCUCCUUUUCAUCUAUUUAUCUCAGAAUUUUCUGGGUCGUCUGGUUAGAUAAUAUGAGAGUAAGUAAGAGAAGCCAUAUCUCAUUUUGUCUACAUAUUUUGUUAAUGUAUUGAAUCUUUAACAUGUUCAUUCUUUCAUUUGCUCAGAAACUGACUUGUCUGGAAUCUCUCUUUUGGGUAUGGACUAAUUGGUUCCCCAUAUACAUAAGAAGUCGAUUUCCAUAAACAAAUGAAAACAU